CAGCGCUAGAAUCAGGAGAAAAGGGGUUCUUUUAUUCUGCCGGGUUCAGCUCCGAGAUCAGCCCCCUUGUUGAGUGUUGACAGGCACACAGGGGAGAAAGAGGACGGGAGGGAGUCGGUCGGCGUGGGAGGCAUCAUGUGACGGCCAUGGAUGCCCCGGGCAUAAAACAUCGAGGAUAGGAGGCACGCCCAUACAGGCUCUCGACCAGUGGAAGGGCUUUGUUGCCUUGCAUCCAAUGACGAGCACUGGGGAGCCAAUGGCAGGGCCACAAGACGCUCUGACAGAAGCAUCCAUCCAUUCAGGACCCGGGCGGCAGAACCUGGAACUUGACGGCGGGGAGGGCGGCAAGGCACAUCUUGUACGAGAGAAAGAAGCAACAAAAAAUGGCGACGGGAGUGGAUAGAGAUGGGCAUCUAGCAUGGGGGGGAAAGAGAAGACAAUCUGAAUGCAUCCAACCUGGAAGGGGGGAAAAUGAAGAAGGUGCAAGCCAUGGGGACGAGCUUGCGCUUGGCACGCUGGAUGUGGUGGGGCCAUAAAAAGGCGGGACGAUUGUAUCCAUUCUCGCUCCCUCCCGCUGGCCUGGUCUCUUCACCCUUUUUAGCCUCAUGGGACUAUUUUGUGGCCGACUGCCUCCCCACCCUCUGGAUCGCCUGUUUUUUGUAUUCACCGCCACAGAAAAAGAGGUCCCCAGCAACAGCGUCCGAGUUGACUUUUCUGACAAGCGCAGCUGCCACCAUCUCGGGUCGCCUCUCCAUCUCUUCCUCCAACCCAAUCCGCCGCUCUCCAAUCUUUUUUCGGUUUGGUCAACCCAGCGAAACCUACGACUACCACCGCCAGCAGACGACGUGAUGACAUAGACCUUUCCCGUUCCCUUUUUUCUUCGAGUUACGCUUCCACUGCUGUCGCCGUCUUCUUGCCCUGUCUGUUGUCGUCUGUCUCUGUUCCACUUUUGCCUCUCUAGGUGCCUCUGUCUCUGAUCUAGCCCUGCUCGCUGCUGUCUGGCUGUCUGUCCGCUAUUCCGCUGCUGCCCGCCGCACUGUGGGGAUUUUUGAGAGAGAGGGAGAGGGAGACCAGACGAAAGUGGGUGAGAGAGAGCGAUUUGCUUUUCACGAGUUUUUUCCCCCCCCUCCCAUCGUCCCGACGGACGAUCGAGUCUUUACCAUCACCUCGCCCGUGUCAUUGCGAACCACAAAAUCACCGCCCAAAACCACACCAAAAACUCCACCUGCAAAACUCUGCAGCCUUUUUGGCUUUUCGGUCUUCGGCUAUCCCCUUCUUCACCCUUCGCAUCGUCCGUCAAGCGAACCGAUCCGAUCGACCGCCCCGAGCCACGCUGGGUCUCUCGACUCGCAGUGUCAGAGCCCGACGCCGUCCCAUUCCCAUCGUGUGCCGCAUGAGGCCGAGCCUCGAUCCCGCUGUCUCGCAAACGUCACCUUUUCCCAAGCUUGGCUUCUGUCUUGCUGGAUCUUCGCGCUAACUGUCGCGAUUGCUAGUCUUCGGGCAAAAAUGAGCGAGCAAUCGGGCUACUACAGCGGCUAUGCGCAGCAGCCAACACGGUCCUCCCCCAUCUCGUCCAGGACGGGCUUCAACACCGUCUCCGGACUCCCAAGCGCCAUGCGACCUCAGCAGCGCCACCAGAUAGACUCCUUCACCCAGGGGUCUGCCUCUCUAUUUCCUGCCGAGGACCGCUUCAACCCCUACGAAAGCAACUCUUUCAGACAACAGCAACAACAACACAGAGCACCACCAACACCAGGCUUCCCGACCGACAGCUAUAUUGGCAAUGCCCAGGCAUGGGCGUACAACGGUGCCAACACGGUGAACGGAGCAAUGGGCGACAGCAGGCUUCGGCCGAGUGCCUCUCGCAGAGCAGCUCUGCCCACGGAAUGGACCAUGAGCGGCGAGCAAGGUCUGGGGAGUCAGGCCCUCAACACCCCUUCAACACAGUAUUCGGCCAUGGCCAACUUUAACAGCCAGAGCAUGGGGAUGAUUAGUGGUGAUGGCUAUGGCUCCGAGCGGCAUGGCUUUGCGAAUGGCAUGUACGACCCUCGUCACGAUGCCAAGUCCAUGUCUAGCGACCUGAUUCCGACCGCCAUUGUCAUCAAGAACAUCCCGUUCAAUGUUCGCAAGGAAAUGCUCACAUCCAUCAUGUCGGACCUGGGACUACCCCAGCCAUAUGCCUUCAACUACCACUUUGACAACGGCAUUUUCCGGGGACUGGCCUUUGCCAACUUCCAGAGCCCUCUCGACACACAGACUGUCAUUGAGCAGCUGAACGGAUACGAGGUUCAGGGCCGCAAGCUGAGAGUCGAGUACAAGAAGAUGCUGCCAGAGCACGAAAGGGAGAGGAUCGAACGCGAGAAGCGGGAGAAGAGAGGCCAGUUAGAGGAGCAGCACCAGCCCCUAACACUGCAACACCAGUCCUCGAUGCACUCUCUAAAUGCCGCCCACAGCACCCGAUCCCGCACUUCGCCGCUGCGGGAUGUGGACCUCAACAAUCCAGACACUCUGCAGUUCUACACGGAGCUUACCCUGUUCCGCAACGAUCCCAACCGUGAAAUCCUGGUUUUCCCCUCUACCAUUACACCGCAUCAGCGCCGAACCGUCCACAUUCUCGCGCACAAUAUGGGGUUGGAGCAUCGCUCGGUUGGCGAGGGGCCGCAGAGACAGCUGCACGUUCUCAAAGAGUCCGCGCCACCUGCGUCCCUCGUGCACAACCUGCCGGGUGUGUCGGCCGAUGCCCACCGCCGUGGUUUGAGCCGUGCUGCUACCAUCGACUUUGCUGAGACCCGGAACAGUGGACCAGGCCACUAUGCCACCAUGGGCCGCUCUAGCCGUCAUGGCCCGACAUUAGAGCUUCCGGACAGCCCAGAUGGUGGGCUAAAUGCGCUCCGCGGCGUCAAGUCGUUUGCCGACCUGCGUUCGUACACGCCCAGCCCUUCCCUGUCCUCGACAGGGUUUCCUCAAACUGGCAGUGUAGCUCAGUACGGAGAGUACAGCGCCAAUCUUGCCGGUCAGAACAGCUCAUUGACCACACCCACGACUCCGGGUACCAACUCCAACAAUGAUCCCUCCAUGUUGAUCCCGGACCUCAGUGGCAUGACAUUGAGCGAGAACUUUGGCAGCAACAGACUGCGCCCUCGGGACGCACCUGGCGCCAUCGGCAGCCAGCGGCCCGUGAUGAACGGGUCCAGCACCCGCAGCAUUCCCGAACGUCAGCCACUGGGCCCAAAUGGAGAUUGGGGUGAAGGCAUGGCCGGUUUUGCUGCCCGCGGCCGGACCAAUGGCCACAUGCAACGGGGAAGCGAGUCUUCAGAUACCGCGGUGCGUUCGGCAACCACUUCCGCGGCCAGGUUCCAAUAGGAGCGGAAUCGUGCACCUGCCAGUUGUGUGUAUGUUCGGCGUGCUGAUCUGGAACGAGCCAACCGGGCGUCGUAUCCCUCCGGCUUGCCCGCACAGCAGAGCCGACCGCAGGCCCAACAAUUACCUCACAUUCGCUAUCCUUCCCAUUUUCUUCCUGGGCCGCCGCUUCAGGAUGGUCAGAGAGUUCUCGUGUUUCCACCCUCGCCUCCCCUUUACUGAUGGCAUUGGAAGAAAUCGAUUGAGCAAAGUUCGUGUGGGUUGAAUAGCUGCCACGGUUGUUGGAUUAAAAUAAUUUGUUGGAAUACGGACGGAUGGGCGCCAUCAUUGCGACCUGCAACACACCAAAGCAAAACAGCAAAACAAAAAAAAAAGACAACUAUCCGCAUCUACACAUACACUCGCAACAACCGCACAGAGUCACUUCUUCGCCCUUGCUGCCUCCGCCGAGCAUACGCCUUGUAAUAUUGUUUCAGAAGCACGUCUUCCGCCCUUCCAAGACUCUGGUUUUCCUCUUUUUUUUUUCCCUCGACCUCCCUCAACUGUCCAUGGUUCGUACCCAAGCUCCAUGAUGAUUGGCGACGUUGCCGCUCCUUCGAGCCUUUGUGCUAUGCUCUCCCGAUAAUGAACGACGAUGGAAAUACGAAAAGAGACGGGAAAAUGAACGAAUUGGGUAUACAGAGAAGACUUUAUACACCUCAUCUGGGCGACCAAUUUUGUGCCAAUCUUUUGAUUGGCAUUAGGCAAACCUCCGCAAGGCAGCAUUCCAGGAUUACUUUUUCUUUGAGCUGCCUUGGUUCCUUGGACGCCCACCAAGGCUUUUCCCCUGACGCAAAGCGUCCUGGGUUUGCCCCACCAACCACUUGUUUUAUGAAUGUUAUGGUUGUUACGACGUCACGUCCUAGAUGGCUACAGCAAAGCUAUACCACCCCUUUGCUUGGUGGGCAGGGCACUUGACUACUUGUUUCGACUCAAUGUGCGGCCCGCCAAGAAGAGCACAAAACCGGUGCUAUGGCAUACGAAAAAGCAAAAGCAACUCAUCUAAUAGACGACACACUCAGGUGUGACUAUCCACGCCCCUUUUUCUACCCUUUCUUGAUGCAUAUAGGUGUGUCCCUGACAAUGGACACGACAUUGCAUAUGUCAGCAUGAUGUGGUGACCAGAUGGUGAUGAGCGCCGGUGGGGGGAUGGUGGCGCACAAAUCUUCUACAGGUUGUCGUUGAAAAUAACAAAAGUUUGACUUGGUCCAUGUUAUUUCAGCAAAGCUGCAUUUGGGUUCCUGUUACUGUUGGUUUGACUUAUUCGGUCUACUUUAAUAUAUGUCUUUUGCCUUGAUGUUUCUUUUCUCGUGGUUUGUGUUUGUCUUUGGUUUGGGUGGGCUGCUGCGAGAAAGACGAUUCAAGAGCGCACUUCAAGGGCUCUAUGAUCACACUAUCCUUCCACCAGCGACAAACUUUUCUGGGCAUGAUAUGAUGGGUGGUGAUGACGGUUGAUGAUGGGACCGGGGCACGAAUGAAUUUGGCUGUCGCAGUUCAAGCCAAGAGACAUGAAAAUGGGGCCAAAAAAAAAGGAUCGGGAUCACAAGCAAGAAUGAUGUUCAUGGUUAUGAAGUAUGAGUAUUUCUAUUUGCUGGGAGCGAGAUAUUGGCGGCUUGGCUUAUUUCCAUCAUUCUCAUCAAAUAUGCGGAUACCUUCACUCUUGGUGUUGGAGUCCUUGUGUAGAUAGACCGUUGUGAGUUCUCCAAUUGUUCAGGCGUCGGGCAAUUACCGGGCUAGUCACCUAAUAUGAGGUUGGCUGUUCGUUUUUCUCUCUACAUUGCUAUCACGUGAA